GAGUCCGUAAAGCAGUGUCUCGGGACCCAGUGGGCGCGGGAGUGGGAAGGGUGCUGGUGAAGGUUUUUGGCGGUGCAUGUCAUGGGUGGUUCUCUCCAAGGUGGUGGGGCCAAGGCUCUGGAUUUAAUCCGGGCCCUGCCCCGUGUGAGUCUGGCCAACCUAAAGCCGAAUCCAGGUUCCAGGAAAUUGGAAAGACGACGAAGAGGUCGGAGAAGAGGUAGAAAAUGUGGCAGAGGCCAUAAAGGAGAACGGCAGAGGGGCACCCGGCCCCGACUGGGCUUCGAGGGAGGCCAGACCCCAUUUUACAUCCGAAUCCCCAAAUACGGGUUUAAUGAAGGACAUAGCUUCAGACGCCAGUAUCAGCCUUUGAGUCUCAACAGACUGCAGUAUCUUAUUGAUUUGGGUCGAGUUGACCCCACUCAACCUAUUGACUUAACCCAACUCAUCAAUGGAAGAGGUGUGACCGUUCAGCCACUUAAAAGGGAUUAUGGUGUCCAGUUAGUAGAAGAGGGUGCUGACACCUUUAAGGCAAAAGUUAAUAUUGAAGUACAGUUGGCUUCAGAACUAGCUAUUGCUGCAAUUGAAAAAAAUGGCGGUGUUGUUACUACAGCUUUCUAUGAUCCAAGAAGCCUGGAAAUUCUAUGCAAACCUGUUCCAUUCUUCCUGCGGGGACAACCCAUUCCAAAAAGAAUGCUUCCACCUGAAGCCUUGGUCCCAUAUUAUACUGAUGCAAAGAAUCGGGGUUACCUGGCGGAUCCUGCCAAAUUUCCUGAAGCAAGACUUGAACUUGCCAAGAAGUAUGGUUAUAUUUUACCUGAUAUCACUAAAGAUGAACUCUUCAAGAUGCUUAGUACUCGAAAGGAUCCAAGGCAGAUUUUCUUUGGUCUUGCUCCUGGAUGGGUGGUGAACAUGGCAGAUAAGAAAAUCCUAAAGCCUACAGAUGAGAAUCUGCUCAAAUAUUACAGUUCAUGAAUUCUCUUCCAAGAAAGCAGAGUUAUAAGAGAAUACCGGAAAAGGGAAUGAAACAUACAUAUUUCUCAUUACAUUUUCUUUGUAAUUCUCCAGAUGCCUUUUAAAAAAUGUAUUUGGUGUAAUCAUAUCUUUUUUUUUCACUUUUAUCUGAAAUUAAAACAAAAAUGCAAUAAGCAGGGACUGCAUAGAGGAACUCAAAUUGUGUGGAUUCUAUCAAAUAUACAAACUCCCUGGUGGUCUGCCAAAGGAAGAUUAUAACAUUUAGAAAUAUAACAUAUUUCUAGCCCUGCCUAGUGUGGCUCAGUGGAUUGGCCUGCAAACUGAAAGGUCACUGGUUCAGUUCCCUGCCCCAGCACCUGCCUGUGUUGUGGGUCAGAUCCCUAGUUGGGGGCAUGCAGGAGGCAGCUGAUAGCUGUAUGAUGUAUUUCUCACACAUUGACAUUUUCCUCCCUUCCCCUCUCUCAAAAAAUAAAUAAAAUUGUUUUAAAAAGAAUCAAGAAAGAAAAAGACUAACUUUAAAAAAAAAGAGUUUUUCUAGCUGAUUUUUUUAUGAUAUUUUCAUCCAGGUCUUGUCAUUUUUGCAAGUCAGAAUGAAUGGGUAAGUGGUAUGGGAUUUAUUUGCAGGCCUGCUCAGUCAAGGUUAGAACAGUAGCUAGUGAGCAGGCAGGUGCCCCCUCUUCAUCAGUAACCUCAAGGAAGCCCUGCUAUCCCGUGUUAAGAUGGUAAGCCUCCAACUCAAGGAAGUUAAGGUGUGGAAUGUGAGUUUAAGGUUUAAGACUGAUGAAUGACUUCUAAGUAGUACAGUAUUUGCUGGCAAAUUGAAACAAAAAUUUAACUGAAUUUUCUCAACUCUGAUAGACAAUUCACGAACAAGCCACUAUUUUUAUUGACAAAAAUGUUUUAAUUCUUACUAAUACACAUUUACUUAUUUCAUAGAUGUAGACCUUUGUCUUUCAUUUUAAAUGAUGUUGAAAAAUUGUUCAGUGAGUAUAUGUCAUAAGAACAGUAAUGUGAAAAUUAAACACAAGUUAAUAUAAAAGAUUCAGAAGUCAAUAAGCUUAUUUAGAUUUUCAAAGUUACAUCAACGACAGCGUAGAUAAAAUGAUUCUCGGCUAUGUAUUUUCUUAAAAUAAAAAAUUUAAAAACCUAAA